GCGGACGGCGGCUCUGGACUCCGGGCAGCGGCUCGCGCCGCGGACGAGCCCCACCGCGCUGGCCAUGGCCUCCAACUUUAACGACAUAGUCAAGCAGGGCUACGUGAAGAUCCGCAGCAGGAAGCUAGGGAUUUUUCGGCGAUGCUGGUUGGUUUUCAAGAAGGCUUCUAGCAAAGGACCCAGAAGGUUAGAAAAAUUUCCAGAUGAAAAGGCAGCUUAUUUCAGGAACUUUCAUAAGGUAACUGAACUGCACAACAUCAAAAAUAUAACCAGACUGCCUCGAGAGACAAAGAAGCAUGCAGUGGCAAUUAUCUUUCAUGAUGAAACGUCUAAGACAUUUGCCUGUGAGUCAGAGCUGGAGGCAGAGGAGUGGUGCAAGCAUCUGUGCAUGGAGUGCCUGGGGACGAGGCUCAACGACAUCAGCCUCGGGGAGCCGGACCUGCUGGCAGCAGGGGUGCAGCGCGAGCAGAAUGAACGAUUCAAUGUGUAUCUGAUGCCAACACCAAAUCUGGAUAUUUACGGUGAAUGCACAAUGCAGAUCACUCAUGAGAAUAUCUAUCUCUGGGAUAUCCACAACGCCAAGGUCAAAUUGGUGAUGUGGCCUCUUAGCUCGCUGAGAAGAUAUGGUCGAGACUCGACAUGGUUCACCUUUGAGUCAGGAAGAAUGUGUGACACGGGAGAAGGACUGUUCACGUUUCAAACAAGGGAAGGAGAAAUGAUCUAUCAGAAGGUCCAUUCUGCGACACUGGCCAUAGCUGAGCAGCAUGAAAGAUUGAUGCUGGAAGUGGAGCAGAAGGCCCGGGAUGCUUGUUACACUGCAGAUCCUUUCCAAACCCUGCCCUGCGUGAGAGGAAGAGCAGGUGAUUCUUGCCUGCAGGAGAGACCACAGCUUCAGACAAGCCUGACUGAGCCCAUGACGUUAUCCAAAUCGAUCUCUCUUCCUCGUAGUGCGUACUGGCAUCACAUCACUCGUCAGAACAGUGUUGGGGAAAUCUACAGUUUGCAAGGCCACGGGUUUGGCCCGGCAAAGAUGUCCCGGGCGCAGACGUUUCCCAGCUACUCCACGGAGCCCAGUGAAGAGGCUCAGCAGCCUUUGUCACGGUCCAGCAGCUAUGGAUUCAGCUACAGCUCAAGCCUCAUUCAAUGACACCCAGAGAGCAAAUGCUGACCAGAGACAGUCUGUCCUGGACCCGCCUGUAGGGUCGUUGCACCCUCUGCCUCCCGGAAGACCUAUUGCAGUACAAACUGACAUGGGUCGGAUCUAGCCCCAAUCCCAUUGGAAGGUUAAAAACUGGAGUUCUACUUCCUUGGUUCAGUGGCUAAGUCCUUUAUUUAUUGAAUUUCUUUGGGGGAAUCUAUGUUUUACAACAGUAGAAUCGAACAGUCAUUUAAAUAAACAAAAUUCUUUGGGUCUGAGAGUAGCGGAAGCCUUGGCAUGGGGAGAAGUUGCCCACCCUGGGUCAAGCCAGAGUGAUGGAUGCCCACUCCUGCCUCAUGGAUCAGUCCUCCAUGAGCACAGCAUCUGUCCUUAGACACAGUGGUACAUGCUCUGUGGCUUUUAAAGUUUUGACAGGGACAAAUCAGUAAAUACUACAAGUGGCAUCGUAACUCUCCAUAUAAAUAAGCCCAGUGGCAAUUAAGGGGACACACUAUUUAGCAGGGCCCUGUAGCUCUACUGUGUGUGUGUGUGUGUGUGUCUGUCUGUCCGUGUAGACAAAUAUAGAUAUGGAUACCACCAUAUCCAUCUAUAUAUAACAAGUAUAUAUUAAACGUGUGUUGAGGGUGACAGGACAUGCUCACUUAAGUUAUUGAAAACUGUAAUUUGGUACAUUAAAUUAAGAUUGUUAUGUUGAAUAGCUAUUUUUAAAAUAGUGCUGUAAAAAAGGCUUCUCAUUAGCAAAUGUAUUCAUGUAGUUCAGUCUACUCCUAUGACAAUUGUAAGCAAAACUCAGAAGGCGAAUGCUGUGGAUGCACACGGGCCAGUCUAGCUGUCCCACCCGUCAUGUUGUCGGCUGUCUGUCCAGUCAGCAUUCUCUUGUUGCUGAUGUUCUUCCUCCAGCCAUCCUUCUGAGCUACGUAAGGAAGAUGCAGUGUGAUCACUGAUCAGCUUCCACUUAACCUUCAGAAAAAGGAGACGCUCCAAAUGAGAAACCGUUAACAAAGAAGUAAACGUAAACUUAGAUAAAUAGUGCAGGUAUUCUGCAGUCAAGAGAAGAGUAGAUGAGCACAGGACUGUAGAUGUUUACAUUUAAAAUUUCAUAGAUGCCAUUCUCAGAGAGCCAUCAGGGACCCGUAACUCCAUACUGGGCUUUAUUUUUUACUUUUCCUGGACACAGGUUUUCUGGGAUUAUAAGAGAAAUUAUGAGUUUUUUUUUUUUUUCAUCCAUACACUAAGGAGAAAUCCAUAACAUUUCAAGGGAACUGAAGAACUGAGUGAAGUCUGGCUAGUUUAGGUCAACAUAAAUGUCUGCCCUUCAUCCUGGAAUUUACUCAAGUGAAUGUAAAAAUUAUUUUGCCUGAGUUGCUGGAUGCCAUGCACUCAACUGGUUCUCUCUUGAAUCCUCUAUGGUGGUUUAAACAACAGUGAGCCUGGCCCAUGAAAGCUUGAUUUUUUUCCUACUAGGAAAAUUUUUUAAACUCUCAAAGUUAGUCUAUUGAAGGGUACCUUUUGUGCUGAUCUUGGGUAAGAUUUUUUCAUCCCUAUCUAUAGCUUGAGUCCAGACUGACAAUUCAUCUCCCUGAAUGACUACUGGAUCAAAGUGGGUCCAGGUCCAUCCUUGAUAAAUGUGCGCUUAGAGCAAGUACCUCGGCUCUUGGAACCACUGAGAGAGAUAUGAAAACCCCAUCAAGACACUAAUCUUAAGAGUUAAUGUGGCUGCAAAAAAAAUAAUUAUCCUAAGCUUCCAGGGAUAAAAAGAAAAUUAUCCAAACUCUCUGCGCUGUGAAUGUUGCUGACAUAGCAGAGUAACUGGUGACUGAUUCCCUGCAACCUACAACCUUCCCUAGAAACCAAGCUUUCAUGGUUAACCACCCCUGAAUUUCUCUAGCACAUGGCAUUGGCCAUUGAAAUGCUGCUAGUCAAACACACCAGAGCAACUCCCAGCUGAGACCAUGUGAGCACAGUUCCUAUUGGGGCCACCUUCAGAGCAAGCCUCUCUCCAGCCCCUCAGCCGAGCUGUUGCUUCCACACCAUAAGUUUACACAGUGGACUUAUGGUGAAAGGCCCUCAAGGGCCCCACUUCACGUCUCUGCUUUAUUAAUGUGCUGGAAGCACAGACAGCGAGUCCAAGGGGGAUUCUGCUAAUUAGAUGAGUCUGCUCUUGUGUCUAUUUGUGGGAGACAAACAACUGCAGGAAGUUGCUUCAGGAACAUCAUGUGGUUCCUUCGUUACCAGGGAGCAUAACGAAGGAGGCACCAAAGACCAGGCAUAACCUUGGGCCAGUUGUUCAUUCUGAAGAUAAUGUCAUAAAGAACGGUGAAAGAGAAAUUUACUUAACCCUUUCUCAUUACAGUGAGAAUAAAGCUAUACAAUAUCUCAUGGUACAUUUUUGUAGCUUAACUAUAGUAUACUCCUCCAAGCAUAUUUACAAUUGCAGCAAAAUCAAAGCUGCUGAACAAACAGGAGAAUUUGCAUUCAUCUAAUAUACUUGGCAUGGGCAGUGUUUAUUGUAAUAAGAAUUGUAAACAGAUAAAUCUUCUACAAAAACCAAAGAUGGAAAGUUACUGUACCCAUCACCUGGGACUUGAUAAGAUCAAUUCCACUGGAUCAACCAGAAUGGUCAAGGACGUGUGCUCAACCCACCUGAAUGUGUAGAAGAUGCCACUACCCAUUGCAAGUCAUCCCCCCCACCCCAGAGUGUGUACUCUGUCUAUAAUAUUUGACAUUUUUUAAUCGAGGAGGGAUUAUUAUGAACCAAAGACAUCUUUUGGCUCAUUCUAAAAGUGACUCAUCUGGGGUUCUAUCCAAAUCUGUACAGAUGAAUGAAAAGAUUGAUGAUGAAGAAUUCACCAUAAAUAAUAAAGGCUCUUCUGACAACAGAGAAAGCCUGGAGAACGUACACAUCUCACAGAAAGAUUACAUGAAGGGAUUAAUUUUAUGUCCCUAAUUGUUUCUGAUAAUUAAUGUACACAUAACCAACACAUGACAUUGUGCUAAAAAUGCAAAAGUAAACAUGACCUAAUUGUUUACUAUUCUGGUGGGAGGAGCGAAAAACAUAUCUUUCACUUGUUCAACAAACAAUAAGCACUGAGAACUAAUUCAUUUAUACAGGUUGCAAAUAUUAUGAAUCAAUAGAUUCUGGCAAUCUGCCACAAUUUGAAUUUAAUGAAACAAAAGUAUACAUGUACUUGUAUAUUAGGAAAGAUGCUGUUUGAUAGAGCAUGUGAAAUAAAGUGAAAUACUUAUUAAAAUUAAACCUCACCUUUUUCACCAGAUAAUAACUAGUGUACUAGUUCUAGUAUCUUAUAUAAUUCUUCUCUGUCUUCAUUGGGCAAUUAUGUUUUAAAAUCAUCUCUCUCCUAUAAAAUGGUCACCCACCAGUUCUUUCUGUCCCAUUUAGGAAGAGUAGCCUGCUAAAUAACUUUGCACUCUCAGUAGUAGCUUCUACAGUUCCAAUUUAUUGCAUGUAGUAUCUUUACAAUAGCUAGCACACACAUCAUAAAAGUUGAUGUCAGCCCCUCAUUCUUUGGCCAAUAUCUCAGAAAACUGUUUACAAGAGCAUGAAGACCCUACUCCACAGAUUAUUCGAACCAUUUAUGAAAAUCAACCAUUACUGCUACAGUAAAAACAGGCUAAGGAAAUUAUAUUCUUAUAGAAAAAUUAUAGUCCACUUUUGGCUAUUACAACACAGCACAAUAAAUGGGCAAUGUACAUUCAGUAGGGCUGAGCACUGGGUCCUUGACACUUCAUGUUUUGUAAUGAAUAUUAUACUUAAAGUGUUCAAGGUGAAAGUUAAACAUUUAACCCAGUUCUAUUAACAUGUUUAUCAACACUUUGCAAUGUAAAAUUACUUACUGGUACUUUAUAAUCUCCCAACCAUAGCCUUCUCAAAAUGGGUACAAUUUUGUCACUGAGUAUGCAUUAAUAGUUAUAAUAUUUGACCACACACAUUAAUUUCUAGCCAACAAAUUUGUGAAGUAUGUAUUUGUUGGCUAUGAAAUUUUGGAGUGCAGAUUUCCUUGGAAAGGUAAAGAAGGAAGGUGGUGACCAGUCAGGUGGACUGCAAUUUAGAUAAAAUGAUGAAGAACCCAGUGAAAUGUCCAGAGUAACCACGCUACUUGCUUGACAUUCUAACCCUGAUUCUGUGUCACAGACUUGGCCUUCUUUACUCUUGUCACCUUGUCCUAAGUAUUUAAUUUAAAGAAGAUAUCAAUUGCAUCAUGGCUUGACAUAGCCCCAAAAAGACGUUACCAGUAAAUACGCUUCUUUUAGUUUAAUGAAAAAAAAAAAUUCCACACAAAGAAUAUGUACCAAAAUCUCCAUAGUAAAAUAUAUCCUCAGUAAUAUGAGAAUCAUUUUGUAUGGCCAAUCUCAUUUGCGUUUCAUAGUGAAACUAUAUUAUUACCAGUGACCUACGCUGGGAUUAAAAUAAUCGAGAUCAACAACCUCACAUAUGCAUUCUCUUUAGACAUAAUUUAAAGACUAACUACCUUGCUUUGGAGAACGACCACAAAUCCUUCCUCAUUUCUACAGCUAUCCCGACAGAGGAGGCUCUAGUUUGUAGUCUCUCAUGGGCAUAACUUGAGAUCUUGGGCACAUUUCUAGACAGGUGGAAUGCUAGCUAGUUCUGAAUAUAAUAUUAAAGGUCAUGCACGAUAAAGGUCCUUCUUUAUGUGCUUCUCAUGGGAGGGGAAAAGCUGAAACCUAGGGGUGCUGUAAUUUGUUCAAAGGCAAAAAAAAAAAAAACCAGCCAGGAGUAGUUUCACCUAGUCCAGGCUCCUGACCCAGGGAUAUUUCUUUGGCUCCAUCUCAUCUCCCAGUUAAAUAUAGCAGGAAUUGAGAAACGCCACAUGGCUUUGAGAUAAAUAAGCCCUUGUACAUUUAAGUCUUUAAAAGACUUUCAGAUUAUUCUUGCUCUUCCUAAAUUCAUCACCAACUCUGUCUAUGGAGAGGCUUAAUGGGGCUGUUCAUCAGCAUUGUUGUAGGUCAUGAACAAUUGGCAUACACUCUAUUACUCUUCUGUUGUCAGCCUGUUCUCGGUUAGAAUUUCCAAUCAAUAUAUUAUGGAGUAAUAGUCAGACAAAAACACUUAGAUGUUUGUGUUUUUCAGUCCUGAUAAUUCAUCAUAUUGGUGUCAUUGUUUAUGGCUUUGUCACAGUUUUGUUAGAUAAUUGCCACGGCUGCUUUUUUUUUACAUGUGAAUUUUGAAAGCUUCCAUUUUCAAUAGAAAUUUUGGAAUUUUAGCAUUGAAAUACCUUAUACAUCAAGGUUUUCCUUCUGAAACUCAUUAGACAAUUAUUUAA